AUGCCGGCAUUGAAUUGCCGCGACAGAGCCAUCUGUCAAGAGUUUAUCCAGAGCAGUUUCACGCUGUCCCAUGUCACACCCUACAACGAGCCGGAGUACUCGGGUUGGAUCUCUCGACGCCGUUGCGUUGCUGAUGUUCUCGUAUGGGAAUUUAACUGGUUUGUGACGAGCGGCAACUAUCUUCUGCGCUUUCCACAUAAGAGUGAGUGCUGCCAUCCUAUCGAAAUUGUGUACCUUCCAGAGUCUGGAAUUCGGCGUUGUCACACGAAGGAGGAGUGCUGCACCGGUCACCCAUUUGUCAUGGAGAUCGUGACACACACACACUUUAUUCGUGAAGAAGGAGAGGCAGUUGCUGUCGAGCCGCAAGCGGUGUACCUCUCGUUUGACAGUGCGGAAGAUUUAUGUGGCUGCAUCGCGUUUUUGGCAAAAAUUGCAACGCGGCAUGUUCGCACCGCCGCCAUUACUUUUGGACCUCCAUUAAAAAUUGAUCACCGCAUUCAUCUGAACGUCAAAAACAGUGAAAAUAACUUUGGCCUUGCUCUUCUUCCAGAUAUGAUGCGGAGUUGGUUGCUGCAGCAAGGGUUAACGGCUGCAGAAGUUGUGGGGAACGAGGAAGCAGUGCUGGGCUGUGCAAAGACAUUGUACUACUACCAGCGACGGCAGGGUGUCGCGGCGAACCUUCCACCCGUUCCGGAGGCCGGAAUGGGAAGGGGAAAUAGAUAUGAAAGCGACGAGAAUGCGUGUGGGCAAUGUGUUGUGUUGUCACCAGAGAUCGAAAGCAUGAAGUUGGAGCCACUGCUAUCUGAAGGGGACCCACAGCUUCUUUACAGCCAUUGGGAGAGGCUGGACGGAGGGUCUCAAGGUGAAGUGUUCAAGGCGGUACGAAAUUCUGACGGUGUCACUGUCGCGAUAAAGCGCGUUCGGGUGAGACGAGAGCGCAAAGAUCUACCUGCUCUGGUGAAGGAAGUGGCACUCCUUAGAGCCUUGCGCCAUCCCAACAUCGUGACUCUGCACGAUUGUUUUAGAAAAGAAAAGGAUAUAUUUCUCGUGAUGGAGCUGAUGGAUGGUGGCAAGUUGGCGGACCUGUUGGACCCAUGUGAUGGGCCAGCAGUGGGAUUCACCGAAUCACAGCUCGCGACGUUGAUGCGGGAGGUGCUCCUGGCGCUGAAGUGUAUUCACAGUGCCCGAUGCAUUCACCGCGACGUAAAAUCUGAUAACGUUCUUCUUUCCUCCCGUGGUGAAGUGAAACUGGGGGACUUUGGUUUCGCCACGCGGGUCUCCGCACCCAAAGGAACACGCCAGACGGUGGUGGGGACGCCCUACUGGAUGGCACCCGAGGUGGCGAGCGGGAAGGUGUACAACAACAAGGCAGAUGUAUGGAGUGCUGGUAUCCUCUUCAUUGAGCUGUGUGACGGGCAGCCACCGCUGAUGGGUGUGAAUCCCAUGCGAGCCCUCCUUAAGGUGAGUACGGGGCCACCGCCCAUGAUAAGGACCUUCAAACGGUGGUCCUCGAUGUGCAAUAAUUUUGCGUCGUUCCUCUUGGUGAAGGAUCCCGCAAAGCGCCCCAGUGUCGAUGCCGCAUUGAA